UCCUCAGCCUCUUCCUCCUCAGUCUCUUCCUCCUCAGCCUCUUCUUCCUCAGCAUCUUCCUCCUCAGCCUCUUCUUCCUCAGCCGCUUCCUCCUCAGCCUCUUCCUCCUCAGCCUCUUCCUCCUCAGCCUCUUCCUCCUCAUCCUCUUCAUCCUCAGCCUCUUCAUCCUCAGUCUCUUCCUCCUCAGCAUCUUCCUCCUCAGUCUCUUCCUCCUCAGCCUAUUCCUCCUCAGCCUCUUCCUCCUCAGCCUCUUCAUCCUCAGUCUCUUCCUCCUCAGCCUCUUCUUCCUCAGCCUCUUCCCCCUCAGCAUCUUCCUCCUCAGCCUCUUCCUCCUCAGCCUCUUCUUCCUCAGCCUUUUCUUCCUCAGCAUCUUCCUCCUCAGCCUCUUCUUCCUCAGCCUCUUCCUCCUCAGCCUCUUCCUCCUCAGCCUCUUCCUCCUCAGCCUCUUCUUCCUCAGCCUCUUCCUCCUCAGCCUCUUCUUCCUCAGCCUCUUCCUCCUCAGCCUCUUCCUCCUCAGCCUCUUCCUCCUCAGCCUCUUCCUCUUCCUCCUCAGCCUCUUCCUCCUCAGCCUCUUCCUCUUCCUCCUCAGCCUCUUCCUCUUCCUCCUCAGCCUCUUCCUCCUCAGCCUCUUCCUCCUCAGUAUCUUCCUCCUCAGCCUCUUCCUCCUCAGCCUCUUCCUCUUCCUCCUCAGCCUCUUCCUCCUCAGUCUCUUCCUCCUCAGCCUCUUCCUCCUCAGCCUCUUCCUCCUCAGCCUCUUCUUCCUCAGCCUCUUCCUCCUCAGUCUCUUCCUCCUCAGCCUCUUCCUCCUCAGCCUCUUCUUCCUCAGCCUUUUCCUUCUCAGCCUCUUCCUCCUCAGCCUCUUCCUCCUCAGCCUCUUCCUCCUCAGUCUCUUCUUCCUCAGUCUCUUCCUCCUCAGCCUCUUCCUCCUCAGCUUCUUCCUCCUCAGCCUCUUCCUCCUCAGCCUCUUCCUCCUCAGCAUCUUCCUCCUCAGCCUCUUCCUCCUCAGCAUCUUCCUCCUCAGCCUCUUCCUCCUCAGCCUUUUCUUCCUCAGCCUCUUCCUCCUCAGCCUCU